AUGACAUUGAACCAAACAAACCCAGAUAUUCGUAAUCUUUUAAAAAAUACAAUUAGCGAAAAAAUUUCUAUUCAAAUUGAUAACAGAACACCUGUAACUUACGAACUUAACAAAGAGUUAACACUUAAAGAUGUGAGAGAACAACUGACAAACUCUGGAGAACAAACUCGCAUUUAUGAAUAUAUGAACUUCAUUGGCCCGUAUGGAAUGAUUUUACGAAUUAAGGAAAGCGAGGAAUUAUUAAAAGAAAAUUUACAUGAUGGUUAUAUUUUAAAAAUUGAAAAAUCAAUUUGUCCUAACAUUAAUGAAACUACACAAAGAUGUAACUUAAAUUACGGAAUAAAAAUGACGGAGGAUGGGCCUGAAAAUGUAGAUGAAAUGGCAUUUAAAUUUUCUCAAGAUAUUACUAAAAGCGUUGAGAUGAGGAAAUUAAAUUAUGCUGAAUAUAAUAAAUAUGAAGGAACGUGUGAAAACAAGCACGAAAAUUUCUUGCGCAAAAAUUUAGUGGCAGAUGCAGAAAUGUCGAUAGCAAUACCAUCAAAUUUAUUCGUUAGUUUUACAAUUUCGCAUGAACGCCAUAACAAUGAUGUCAAUAACAUGGAAUUUUCUUCGGAAUAUAAAACAAUAUUAUUACCAAAGUACGAGAUAGAAAUUGAUAUUAAGGAAGUCGAACCAACUGAAACAUUUAUACAUGCAGUGAAUUCUGCAUUGGAAAACGUUAAUCCUGUAAAUGAACUCAAGAGGAUAUGUGAGAAAUUUGGAGAAUACAUUGCUAGUAAAGUUAAAAUCGGUGGAAGAAUGAAUAAAAUUGUAUAUCAUAAUGCUUCAAGCACAACACGGCAGAUUUCAACAAAACGGCAUGCGGGUAUAAAUUUUAAGUCAGAACUUAUUGGUAGUGUUAAAGGUAGUCAUAAUAAUGAAAAUAGCCAAAAAGAAUCUUUAUCAACAUCAAAUAUUAGAACUCAUCGUCGUGUUUAUGGAGGAAACACAAAUAUAUUUGAUGAAGACAAUAUAACGUUAUGGCAAGAUUCUUUAAAUGAUUAUACAACCUGGCAAGUUAUUGAAUAUAUUGAUCUAAUUCCAAUAUUCGAUGUUUUAACACCAACACUUCGUCAAAAAGUUCUUGAAACAAUGGGACAAAAACUUCUUUAUAGUAAAAUCGAUUCAGUUGAUGGAAUUGUUAUGUCAUCGUCUAAAUUUUCAUAUGAGCACCAAUUAAAAAUACCACUCAAUCUAAAAAUAAAUCUAAAAGAAAGCAAAAUUUUUGCAUCUGUUAUGAAUAAAGACAAGAGGGCGGAAGUAUUUUCUACUCGUAUUGUCGUAUAUACAUUAAAUAAUUCUGCUAGCGUAGUUCUUCAUUGGAUCCAUAAAACAUCUAGGAGACACAAAGAUAAGGUUUUUAAUUUGCAAAUCGCCUGGGUUAUUGUUGGCCAAACAAUAGAUUUCAAAUAUGACAAUUGCAAUUUUCACAUUAUCAACAGCAUUGAAGAGUUUGCUCCAAAUAGUACAAAUAAUAACCACCAAAUUAGUAUCUGCGAUGAAUUUGAAAAAAGUCAUAGUAUUUUGGCAACAUGCACACAACUAGCACCACAGCAAGAUAUAAUUCAUCCAAAAGCUUCAACAUUGGUGACAGGUGUUCAUUUUUGUUGUGUUGAGUCUCAAUUAAAAGCCUGUUUUUUUAUGUACGACCUUGUAACGGAAGCAUUGCAUAGAACAAAUUUUGAGGGAAAAUUAAAUAAUCUUUUUAUUCAUUGCAGUAUUAUUUCGAUCGCUCAAAAGAAUUAUUUAAAACUGAACCGCGAACGAAAUUUUAUGAAUUUUAUUAACAACAAUUCUACGAUUCUUUAUAAUGCAAGUCCACUAUGGACGUGCAGCGAGCCAACAUUCGUUAGCCUUUUUCAUGAAACUUGUCCAGGCUGUAUUGCAGGAUUUGUGAACCUUGCUCCUAACUAUUUAAUCUUUAAUUCUCCAAGUAACAUCCGUGAUGAUCCUCAGAUUUCUUAUUUUUGUGCACCUCUCUUCCCAAUAUAA